AUGAUAAUAACUGGAGAUAAUAAAUUAGAAAUUUCUAAUCUAAGGAAAGACUUGUCUGUUCGUUUUGAGAUGAAAAUUUUGGGGCAAAUUGGAUAUUUUCUUGGUCUGGAAGUGGAAAAAUCAGAUCGAGGCUACUUUGUUUCUCAUAAAAGUUGUGCGGAGAGUCUCUUAGAAUGUUUCAUCAUAAGGGAGUCGAAAGAAAAGGCUACUCCAAUGGAGCUAAAUCUCAAGUUGAAGAAGGAUGAAGGCGAGGCUUUGAAGGAUGUGAUAAAGUUCCGACAACUAGUUGGAAGUUUGAUUUAUCUGACUAUCACAAGGCCAACAAUAUCUUAUUUUGUUGGUGUCGUUUCUCAAUUUAUGCAAAAUCCAACAACUUCUCACUUAAAUGUUGCAAAGAGGAUUUUGCGCUAUGUGAAAGGAUCUCUUAGUCAUGGACUUUGGUACAAGAGGUGUGAUACUUUUUUAUUGAGUGGAUUUACUGAUGCAAAUUGCGCAGGUGAUACACAUGAUCGUCGCUCAACUUUAGGUUACUGUUUUAGUACCGGGUCAACAGUGGUGUCUUGGUGCAGCAAUGUGCAAAUCAAGUGUGACAACGAAAGUGCCAUCAAACUUGUGUCAAAUCCAGUUUUUCAUGCUCGAACGAAACAUGUUGAGAUCCGACAUCACUUUGUUCAUGAGAAAGUCUUAAGUGAAGAGAUUGAACUGACAACUGUUCGCACCAACUCUCAAGUUGUGGAUAUAUUCACUAAAGCUUUGGAGAAGUCUAAGUUUCAAUACUUUCGAGAUGCUCUGGGAGUAGUUCAUUGUGAGCUUGCACUAAGGGGGAGUGUAACAAAUUAG